UUACUUGGCAUUUUGUAUUUUCUGCCAAUCAGGAGAAAGUAUUAAAAAAUUGGAAUUUAGGUGCUACUGUGAUAGGAGCGUCACUGUGAUUUUGAUACGAAAGCCAUUAUCAUUGGUUUAAAUUCAGUCAAAAUUAAGUUUUCGGAAAGUUUUGAAUAAAUGCUGGCGGUUUGAUUUCGUCGGCAAUAUUUUGGACAGUGAAUAUUUUGACAAUGGCUAUAUUAUAUUUUAUUUAGCUAAAUUAUGAACAUCCAUAACAAUCAUAAUACACAAUGGCUCUAACCGGGUUUAGAAAGAUCGAAAAUGAAGCGGGCUACCCGUGUUAUAUCGAUGAAGCAACUGGAAGACAGCAAAAUGACCAUCCAGAGUUCUGCAAGAUCAUGGAAUCUCUGGAGGAGUACAACGGGAUUAAAUACAGCGCGUAUCGUAUCGCCUUCAAGGUGUUUGCCCUGCAGAGACAGCUUAGGGUUCCAGCCCUACGCAUCAGUUCUGGAGUGUUCGCUCGCCACCAGCUAAGCCUAUCAGAGACAAGCUUAUCACUGGACACAGGGGAGCUGGAGGCAGUGCUGGCCGACAUAUACUUUGCUGCGGAGAAGGAAGGCCUGUUCACAGGGGACGUUGACUUGGCAGUGGACUUGUUGAUCAAUCUGCUGCUUAAUGUGUAUGACAAAGACAGAAAAGAGCCAAUCAGAGUGCUAGCCGCUAAGACGUUGCUCAUCAUCCUAAGUGAGGAGUCGGUGUCAGACAAAUGGGCAGCCCUAGCCAACUGCUGCGCGGACCACAACGGCUGCGUGUCGCCGCGGCGUCUGGCGGCGCUACUGUCGAAUGUAGCCGCCCUGCCAGAGUUAUUGGGCGACCCGUGCGAACAGAUACAGAGCGACAUUGACAGUUGCUUUGAUAAGAGCGCCGGCAUGCUGGGUGCGCCUGCGCGGAGUGUAGCGACGUGGGGAGCAUCCUGCGCACGCGUCACCUGGCUGGGCGUGAGCGCGCGCGUGCGCGCCAGCAGGAACAGCUCCUGCGUCAGCGCAGCGUGUGCCAAGUGUCAGGAACCACUCAUACAGGUUCUAAAAUUCAAAUGCUCAAAAUGCUGCGAUACAUACUUCUGCGAGAAGUGCUACCUCUAUGACAAAGACUUGACGACAGUCAGUGGGCACAAGAAUACUCAUUUAGUACAUGAAAUUAUUGAUGGAGAGACUAAACCCCAAGAAUGUCUAAGCUUCAUCAAAACAAUGAGACGCUUCUUCUUCUGCACCAAAACUAGAAAGAAGACCAAGAAGAAAACCACAAAGAAAGCGAUUAGCAUGACGAAAGAGAAGGAGACAGUUAAGAAAGAGAGGCCGGCUAUGUUCACGUCGACUGUUGGCAAGGCGUCGGGACACGUGAAUAAUAACCCGGCGAGCAUGCUGCAGGAUAUUAUAGUGCAGUUGGAGACACAGAAUAAAGCACUAGAAGAGCUGUCCAAUCAGUUACAAAAUACGAAAGAACCAGAAGAGGGGCUGAGGGUGAAGGUGGACGCUCACUGGAGUCAGAUAUCCAAGCAAAUAAACAGGCUGAAAAUACUUAAGGAAAACCUCUCAUCCAACACAACACUACCUACAGCAGAACCCGAACACCCCCAAGCCUUCGAUCUCUUCAGCCCCAUACCAACGCUAGAACAGAGCGACAAGCGCUCCAAGCUGUCGCAGGCUCCGAGAGUACUAAGUCUGGACUCCGGGAACUUCUCUGUGAUGUCCAAACAGCAAGAGCCGCUUGUGACAGUGUCCGGAGAUGCCUUGAAGCCGGUGAUGGUUCAUAAGUCGGACAGCAUAUCAACGGUUUCUAUAAAGGAUAUUAGCAGUUGGUAUAAUGGCUCCAAGCUGUCCCAGGCUCCGAGAGUACUAAGUUUAGACUCCGGGAACUUCUCUGUAAUGUCCAAACAGGAGCCGCUUGUGACAGUGUCCGGAAAUGCCUUGAAGCCGGUGAAGGUUCAUAAGUCGGACAGCAUAUCAACGGUUUCUAUAAAGGAUAUUAGCAGUUGGUAUAAUGAAACAGAGCACGCAAGCAAGCAAAUAGCAGACUGCACAUCCCAAUCCAUAUCAGCUACAGAACAAAAGUACGCGGCCGACAUCCGCUCAGUAGAGACCAGUAACGACAAGAUGAAGGAACUGAACGCGGACUUGGACACGGUACUGGACCGGUUGCAGCAGAUAUUGACUAAUAACUUCGCUAUGGAUGAAUCUUCGUUCGACAACAACCAACUGCGGGAAACCGCGAACGAGAUGGAAGGUUUGCUCGGAACGCUCAUCCGAGGCGUGGAACAGAGAGCUACCCUCAAUGCCACUAAGGGGUUAGUCUAACCCAAAGAGAAUAGAGUGUAUAGAGACGGAUUGUCGAAGUAAAUUAUGUAGCCACUGUAAAUUUACUGCCAUCUUUCGACAGAAGAUAUAACUGUUAGAACGCCAUUUGACUUUGAUCCUUAUUCUUUCACUGAUUAAUGUGUUAACUUAUUGAAUAUUAAUAUUAACGCCAUCUGCUCGACUAUAGGUCAAAUGUAUGGUGCAAUCUUUUCGAGCGAUGGCAUCCUACCCUACCUAUAACCUUCAGCGUACUCUCGAGUAGAUCGCGUUAAUAUUAAUAUUUAACAAGUUAAACAUAAAUCAGUGAAAGCAUAAUGAUCAAAGUUAAAUGCCGUGCUAACAGUUUUAAUCGUCUGUCGAAAGAUGGCAGUAAAUGUACUGUAGCUACAUAAUUUACCAUGACGGUAAAUAUCAGAACCGAAUAGAGAGCUAUUUCAAAUUCUUU